AUGCAAACAAUACCAGCCAAGCACACCUCCACCUCCAUCUCUACUGGUUUUAUCUCCCCCUCCAAAGAUACCUACCUACCUACCCACCUACCAACACCACCCCACAAAAUUCAUGCCCAGGGGACUUUGACUGUCAUGGAAAUGGUCGAGGUCGAACGACUCACGCUGUCAGCACGCAGGGAAACAGGUUCUGUUAAAGCAGCAGCUGCUACUUACAGAGAAACCCUGCUUCAAUCUAAAUUCCAGGUUUAUGCCAAGAAUCAAGGAGACCAAAUUCAUCAAGCAAGGUUUAUGCCAAGAGUGGAAGAAUCCAAUUUAAGAGCAAGAGGCUUGGAGAAACCGAGCAUGGAUCAAAGUGGUGAAGAGGAGGAAUGGAGCUCUGAGAGAGAGUGUGCCAAAGUAAUGAGGGAAUUGGAAUUCAUAAAACAGGAAGUAAGGCAGCUGAAAUUGGAUAUGGCUAUUGUUCUGGAAGAAAAGAGGAGAGCGGACAAAGAAAGAGAGUUCUCCUCCAUGUCAUCAUCUUACUUGAGUUCAGUUGUGGAAAAGGUUAAGUGGGACAUUGAGGAUGUCAAUGAAAAGCAAGUACUCGUUGAGCUGGCUCGAAUCGAGGCUCUCAAGGAAUACCAACAAGUUGAAGAUCAAAGACUACAGGAGAAACAAAGAUACACAGCUAAGACAGAGGAAGCUAGGAAGAAGAAGCAGGACAUGAUUGAGGAAAUAGAAGAAGCAGCAGAGCUUGAAAACAAUCUAGCUGGAACCCUAUCAGAUGUCAGCAUGUUAUCGGACAAAUUGAAGCAGGUUAAGGAAGAAAAUAAAGGAUUAGAAAGAAUGGAAACCUGGAGAAACAAGGCCAUGUCCGAUGAUAUUCAGGAAGGGGACACCCUGGAAUCCGCAUCAGUGCUGCAGUCAGUGGUGGAAAAGCUGGAAGCUGCGAAGAAAGAAUUGAAGUCGGUUAAGGAAGAGAGCUUCCAGUUUAUGUCUUCCAUGGAUAUCGUUAGAAAUGAACACAAGCAAGUCGGGGAUGAAUUAGCUAAAUUAAGGAGUAAAGAAAAGAAAUCAGAAAUGAUUAUUGAGAACCUCAGAUCAAAGCUUUUUCAGGCUAAAGCUAAGCUGGAGGCAACUUCUGCAGCUGAAGACAAGGCUAAAUCAAUGGCGUUGAAUAUCCUAGUCACACUUGAACAGCUCAAAUCAGAAGCUGAAGCAGCAAAACAAGAGCAGGCCCUGAUCAGUGAAAGAAUUGCAAUCAUAAGGGCCGAAGUACAGAAUGCGGAAACACAAACCUACCUGGCUGAGGAAAGAUUACAACUUGCACAGCAAGAUCUUGAAGCAGCUAAGUUAGCAGAAGCAGCUGUCCUUGAGAAUCUGAAAGCACUUACAGAAAAGACAAUGAGAGACAGAGCUUCAUCUUCUCGGCCUAGCUCGAGAAUAACAAUUUCCAGGUUUGAAUAUGAGUACCUGACAGGGCAUGCUGCAGGAGCCAGGGAAAUAGGAGAUAAGAAGAUUGCAGCAGCACAGGCCUGGAUUGAAGCUCUAAAGGCAAGCGAGAAGGAAAUUCAGAUCAAAUCUGAGCUCCUAAGACAAAAAGGUAGAGAGCUACAAAUGGAGGAACAACACAUAACCAAAAGAUCAAUGAGUUUGAGAAGAAUGGCUGAGGAUGACUUUGGGAAAUGGAGGCAACGUAUGGAACCUGAAAAACAGAUGCCCAGCAUAGCUCUUCCCACAAAAGCCAUGAAUAGGAGUGUUAAAAUGACACCGGCAAGACGAGGAAAGGCUAGAGCAGUUGCAUCCCCACUAGUCCGCGGCUCACCAAGAACGACAUCUUUCACAGUCAGGAGGAGGAGAAAGGCUAUGCCAAAUUUAGCCAAGUUCUUCAGCAGAAAGAGCACUGAGAGAUAUUUGUAGUCUGCAUAAGAAAUGUGAAAUUUCGCACAAAAGAUUCUGAAAUGUAAUUCUUGCUCAAUCAGUAGAUAGAACUUCUGUUCAUAAGUUUACAGGAACUUACAGUGCUUAUAUUUGAGAGAGCAAGCUACAUCCAUCUUCCAUAGAAAAAUAAGAGUCAAUUACAUCUUUCCUAUCAAAAAUCAAUUACAUCUUGAUAAGCUGUACUGUAAUGACAAAUGCUACAGCUGGUAAAAAUGAAUUAACACUGACAUUUCAAGUAUAUGCGCAGGUCAAUGUGUGGUUACAUCUUGCAUUCCACCUUCCGAGAGCAAUGUAAUCACACAUAGUAAAUCAAGAUAGGAUUAGCUUAAAUAAAAACUAUAGAGGAAAUCCUAUAUUUCAGCACAAGCAGAGCUUU